UGUGUUAUUACUUCCCUCUCUCAACAGUCUGUCACAACUCUAUGUAAAAAUAUUCAUGCCUGCUCUGCCUGCUGCAUUUGUCUAUCAACUGCAGGGAAGGUAUCUUCAAAAUCAGGGUAUUAUUUGGCCUCAGGUCAUCACAGGAGCUGCAGGAAAUGUCCUCAAUGCUUUAAUAAACUACAUCUUUCUUCAUCUGCUUGAUCUUGGUGUGGCAGGAUCUGCUGCUGCAAACACCAUUUCCCAGUAUUCCUUGGCUGUGUUUCUCUUUUUUUAUAUUCGAUGGAAGGGCCUGCAUAAAAACACAUGGGCCGGCUGGUCUUGUGAUUGUCUGCAAGAAUGGGGUCCAUUCAGUAGCUUGGCUCUUCCCAGCAUGCUCAUGCUUUGUGUGCAGUGGUGGGCAUAUGAGAUUGGUGGAUUCCUGGCAGGAAUCAUCAGUGAGGCUGAGCUGGGAGCCCAGUCUGUUGUGUAUCAGCUGGCUACUAUUGCGUUUAUGUUUCCAAUGGGAUUUGUAAUAGCAGCCACUGUGAGGGUGGGAAAUGCACUUGGAGCUGGAAACCCAGAACAAGCCAAAUUGUCUGCCAAAGUGUCUUUAGUCUGUGGACUACUUGCUUCUUGUAUAGUCGCAACCUUUAUUGGAAGUACCAGUGAUAUUAUCGGAUACGUCUUUACCACAGAAGAGGAAAUAGUGCUCAGAGUAUCAGAGGUCAUGGUCAUGUACAGCUUCUUUCAUAUAUUUGAUGCCAUUGCGGGCAUUACAGGUGGAAUUGUCAGAGGUGCUGGAAAGCAGCUGCUUGGUGCUCUUUGUAACAUUAUAGGAUAUUAUUUUGUGGGAUUUCCAAUUGGAGUGUCUCUGAUGUUUGCUCUCAGUUUGGGCAUAAUUGGUUUGUGGACUGGAUUUUUUGUGUGUGCCUUCAUGCAAUCUUUGUUCUUUGUCACCCUCAUUUGCAAACUGGACUGGAAAAAAGCCACUCACGAGGCCUUGAUCAGAGCAGGUGUACAAGCCCCUCAGACCAAAGAUGAAUCUUAUGCUAUGGAAAAUAAGGGCUGCACUGAAGAAGUACCACAGGAGUCCCGGCACAAUGAAGAAGGCCAGACAGAUGCAAACACAGACCUUGAAGGGCUCGGUGAAGGAGAAGGAGUAGGAGGAAUAACAGUAACUGGCACAAAGGUCACAGUUGGUGCAGUCUUGACAAAAAAACAACUGGUUGUUCGUCGAGGCCUUGCUGUCUUCUUCAUGCUGCUUAUAUUAGCUGGAGGGAUUGUGUUAAAUGAGGUGCUCAUUAGAAUUCUCAGAUGAGCACAAUUAAUGUUACUUCAUCCUUCUGCCAAAAUAUUAAUAUUAUUUUAUUAUAGUGUGAUGCUACAUGGAGUCCUUGAGUUACGA